AUGAAUGAUAUGAACGCACGUGAAAAGUCCAAACCAAAUUUAGGAUCGAUCUGGUCACGAAUAAUCGUAAAAAAUCUUCCUAAUUUCUUAUCCGACACAAAAUUUCGUGAACAUUUUUCUAAGAAAGGACAAGUUACCGAUGCUAAAAUAAUAAAAACAACAGAUGGUAAAUCUCGUUGCUUCGGGUUCAUUGGAUUUCGUACAGAACAAGAAGCCAACGAGGCGAUAACAUAUUUUAAUAAUACUUUCAUAUAUACUUCACGGAUAGCUGUAGAACAUGCUAAACCAGUUAAUGAUUUAUUAUUACCUCGUCCGUGGAGCGCUCACAGCGUUGGAUCUUCGAGUUAUCAAAAGCGUCACGCACAAAAUUCACAAAAACCUUCCCAAUUAAAAUCCGAUGAGGAAGAUAAUGUAAUGACAAAGAAGAAAUCUAAGAAAUCUAAAUCACAAGAAAAGUUAGAGAAAUCAAAUUUAUCCGAUAAUGUGAAAGUGGAUAAUAAUAAUCAGGAUGACAAGUUACAUGAAUUCUUGGAAGUUAUGCAACCUAGAUCCAAAUCAAAAACGUGGGCAAAUGAUGAUUUGACAAUUUUAGAUAAAAAGAGAAGUACUGUCAAGAUUCAAAAAGAUGAUUCAGACGACAAUCUUUACCAGGAUUUACCAAAAAAGAAAAAAAAUGAUGGUAGUGGUCAUAAUAAAAAAAGUGAGAAAAAAGAAAUGAAUGAUACUAAUGAUAUGGAUUGGUUCAAGUCAAAAAUGAGAAGAAAAAUUGAUAAGAUUAACGAUAUUAAUAGUAACAAUGGAAUAACUAGAAAUGAAGACUUUGAAAACAAUAAAGAUAAUGAAAACAAUGAAAACAGUGAAAACAGUGAAAUAAAGCAAAAUACGGAUAUUCAUGAAACACAUAAUAAUAAUGAUAAUGAUGUACCUUCAGCAGAUUCAAUUGGAGAGACUGGCCGUUUAUUCGUUCGAAAUUUACCUUAUAUAUGUACAGAGGAUGAUUUACGUAAACAAUUUAAUAAAUUUGGUCCACUCGCUGAGGUUCACCUUCCAAUUGACAAAGAAACCAAAAAACAAAAGGGAUUCGCAUAUAUUCUUUAUCAUAUUCCUGAACACGCUGUAAAAGCGUAUAUAGAAUUAGAUAAAUCAAUUGCCCAUCGUUUAAAUAUUAAAAAAUCCGACAUUUUAAAUCCAGAAUCUGAUAAUAUGGCUGCUCGACUUGCCCUCGCAGAAACGCACAUCAUUCAAGAAACCAAAUCCUUUUUUGAACUUAAAAAAAGUGAAACAGUUAUAUUAGUGAAAAAUAUUUCAUUUGAUGCCACAAAAGAAGAGUUGGAACAAAUAUUUGGAUGGUAUGGAGAAAUUAAUCAAGUAAAAGAAUUAAGAAAUGUAUUUAAAAGUACACCUGGUAUAAAAUCAGCAAAAAUAAAAAUGAAAAAUGAUCCCAAGAAUCCUGGUAAAAAGUUAAGCAUGGGAUUUGGAUUUGUUGAGUAUGAUAAUUUGAAAAAUGCGAAGAAUUCUUUAAAGGCUAUGCAGGGAUAUGUAUUGGAUGGUCAUGCCUUACAAUUAAAAUUUUCAAAUCGUGGGUUGGAUGUUGUACAAAGAAAACGAAAGGAAGAUGAAGCAGCUAAAAAGAAACAAGAAUCAACUAAGAUUAUUGUUAAAAAUAUAGCUUUUGAGACGACGAAAAAAGAAUUAAGAGAAUUAUUUGGUGCAUAUGGUCAAAUUAAAUCUCUUCGAUUACCAAAAAAAUUUGAUUCCACAUCUCGUGGUUUUGGAUUUAUAGAAUUUCUUACAAAACGAGAUGCUCGAAAUGUAAUGGAGAAAUUAAGUGAUACACAUUUAUUAGGUAGACAUUUAAUUCUUGAAUAUGCCGAAAAUGAUGAUAAAAAUGUUGAAGAAUUAAGAGAGAAAAUUGAACGAGAGGGGAUGGAAGGAUGGGAAAGAGAAGAAAGAUUAAUAUAG